GUCCUACGUCGUACAUUCAGCCAUUAGAAAUCGGGAGUUGAGACAGACUAUCGAGAACGAGUUUCAGCCAUUGUGCUGCCCGGCAAAUUUGUCGUAAAAGUAACUAUUCUCUGUUGUUGUUUAGCUUAGCAAAGGAGUUCAAAGUUACUCCUUUGCAGUUUUUAACUUUUGCCGCUAACUUCUAUUGAUAAUAUUCAACUUUUUGCUGAACUAUUAUUCUCAAUAGUUCCUAUUAUUACUUAAAAGAUGGAAGGUGCCUUUUGAUAAGAUGAAUCCAUUGCUGGAAUCUCGCGUUUUCUACUCCCCUCGUGGAGAUAGCUCUGUGUCUCGUUUGUUUUUUGGCUUUAGAUUUUGUAGUGUUAGUAGUUUUUUGUUUUCCAGCUUGUUAACUUUUGGUUUUGAAAAUGGAAAACAAGAACGUGCGUCCUAAUGGACAGCCGUCGGAGUUAAAACCCAUCAAAUCAGAUUUGAGCUCUGUAACUGGUCCAAAACUACAGAAUCGGAGUGUGAAAAAAAGAGAAAAUGUCUUACCUAAAACUCCCAGUUUGGCAGUAUCAACUGGUUCUAAAAAUCAGAAACCUUGGCUGUCAAAACAAAAAGGACCAGACAAGAGGCAGCAGAGAAAUGGUGGGUUUUCUGGAUCAGGAAUCGAUAGAAAAAGUUAUCACCAGGUAACUGAUUCCAAUGAUCCUGAUUUGGAUUUGGUAUUAUCUGAAACGGGCAAGAAGCAAAAUUUGGCUCAUCUACUGAACAUGAAGUUUCAAUUUGCUCCGAGAGAGACUUCUGUAUCAAAUUACUGGAGAAGUACACAUUCUGGCCAAGUGGGUGGAAGAAACAAGAGAUUUAACCAACAUUCUGCUAGGUCUUAUCUCAACAAGGAUCACUAUCUACAAGCCAAUUGCCAGUUUGUUGUUAAGGCAGAUGGGGACUAUACGGUAUAUUUGGCCGAUCCUGAUCUGUUAGUUCCGUGGGAGACGGUCGAACAAAUUAGAAUUUGGGGUUCAGAGGUUGGAUCUUGUCCUAUUUGUUUACAUACUCCGAUUGCGGCGAAGAUGACACGUUGUGGCCAUAUAUAUUGUUGGCCUUGCAUUCUUCAUUUUCUUGCAUUAUCCGACAAACCAUCUCGACCAUGCCCUAUUUGUGACGUCUCUGUUCGUAUCCAGGAUCUAAAAGGUAUAUUUCAACAUGUUGUGGCUCUUGAACAAAGAAAUUUAAAAAUAGGAGAUGUCUUGGAGAUGAAGUUGAUGAAACGUGAACGUCAUUCGCUUCAGCCACAACCCGUUUCGGGAUCUAAAGGAUCUGAUCCUGCCCAUUGUCAGCCAAAACCAAAGUAUUUGGGGAAAGUCGGCGAAGAUCAUGUUUUCAGUAAACUACUACUCUGCACGCCCAACGAGGUGGUCAAUCUCAUUCUUCAGUGGGAAAAGUCUGAGUUGCAAGCUCAGUUGGAAACCGAGAAAGAUUGUCCCGAAUCAUGUUUCAUCCAACAAGCUUUGGAACUACUGGCAGUGAGAGAAAACGACGCAGCCAUUCAAUGUCUUUCGUCUUUCGCGACGGAUUUGGAUUUGACUGCGACAAAAUUAGAUGUUGAAUCGAAUGAUAGUGACGUAUCACGUUUUGCAACAUCCAAUGAUAAUUAUGGUUGUGCAUCUCCUAUUGAGCUCCAGUUAGAUUUUAGCAAGGCAAUGCAACCGACAAUGAUGACGCAAGACCCAGAUGUUGCAUCGUUGGAGUGGAUCGUGUCCCCUACUCCGAGUUUCCCAAACGCUAUACCAGACAAUAGUUCGAUGACAGACGCUCACCGUAGCCAACAGAAGAAUGUCUUUUAUUUUUACCAAAGCAGUGAUGGCCAAGCAAUUUAUCUUCACCACAUCAACGUACAAAUACUUGUUCGCUGUUUUGGGUCUUUAGAACUGUGCCCAGAAACUAUACAAGGACGCAUAGUUGAAGUUGAAACUUUAUCAAUGACCGAGGAAUUACGAAAUCGGCUUCGCUACUUGGGACAUAUACCGAUAUCAAAACAGUUUCAGAUUAUGGAGAUAGCGUUGAUGGAACCCGAAAUAGAUUCUACCGUACUCGAAGAAUUUAGAGAACGUGUCGAAGAUCGAGCCCGGAGGCGUCGGCGAAAGGAUCGCGACGAACGUCGUCGUGAAUUAGAAAUUCAGCGAGCCGAAGACGCUAAAUGGGGCCGGACGAAAAAUCAACCUAUUGUGCGGAUUGACUCACAAGUUCAUUUCCCAGGAUUUAGUCACAGCCCACAAGAUGUUGUACCGGAAAUGGAUACAUUCAUUGAUGUUUCACCUUCUAGUAUUGAAAGUGGGGCUCAACUUGGAGCUGGACCAUCGUUCGCACAGAUGUUACGCGAAGGGAAAAAUAAAAUCCCUAGUGUCUGGUCUCCGCUUCCGACAUCAGGAUAUAAAGCUGUUCAAACAGCUACCGGUCUGAAUAAAGCCGGCCGACAUCGCAACACAAGUGAAAGUGGGUCAGAAGUUGCCGAUUACGCUCCAGCUCCCGAAUAUAAAGAAACUUUCAGUUCGGCAUUGGCGGCCGCGUUCGACCAAGCAGCAAAAUCGAAAAGUGUUAACACAGAUGAGAAACCCGAAAAUUCUUCGUCCAACAAGAAAAACAAGAAAACCAGACAGAAAGUUUUGUUUUCGACUGGUAUGAAUUUCAUGUAACAUUUAUUAUAACCUAAGCAAUCGUUGUUAAUGACAAGGAAUUAGAACAUUAAAACAGCUAAAUAUAA